UGUCGCCGCCGUCGGUUGGACCCCCCCCGACAACGCCUCCACCGGUAGGAGCCGCGUCCUCCGCGCGCGAGCGCGAGUUAUCCUCACCACCCACCGCUCGUCGCCUCCACUCCGAUCGCCGCCGCGCGGCAGGGGAGGGGGGGAGGGUAUCCUCACCGCCGGUGCCCUCACCGCGGCGACCCUUCAAAAUCCCCCAGGACGCCGGGAGGGGAUCGGCUCCGACUCCGUCCGAGCACGCGCCACCGCCACCGCCACCGCCAUUGUGGGCCCUCGAUCCCGGGGCGGCGCGCGAUGUGGCGUCACGCGGCGCGGCGGUCGUCGGCGCAGAUCCGGCGGAGCGGGGUCAUGUCGUCGUCGUCGUCGCCGGCGGCCCCCGCUGCCGCGGCCGGCGCCGCGGUGCCCGGCCCCUGCAUCGUCCACAAGCGCGGCACCGACAUCCUCCACGACCCAUGGUUCAACAAGGACACGGCGUUCCCCAUGACGGAGCGGGAUCGCCUUGGCCUCCGCGGCCUCCUCCCGCCGCGGGUCAUGUCGUUCGAGCAGCAGUACGACCGCUUCAUAAACUCGUUCAGGUCGCUGGAGCACAACACCCGGGGAGAGCCCGACACCAUCGUCGCGCUGGCCAAGUGGAGGAUCCUCAACAGGCUGCACGACCGGAACGAGACGCUGUACUACAGAGUUCUAAUUGACAAUAUCAAGGAUUUCGCGCCGAUAAUAUACACUCCGACUGUUGGGUUGGUCUGCGAGAAUUACAGUGGCUUGUUCAGGCGCCCCCGUGGGAUGUAUUUCAGCGCCAAGGAUAAGGGGGAGAUGAUGUCGAUGAUUUACAACUGGCCAGCCGAGAAGGUUGACAUGAUAGUUGUGACUGAUGGGAGCCGUAUUCUAGGUCUAGGUGAUCUUGGAGUUCAGGGCAUAGGUAUACCUAUCGGUAAACUUGAUGUUUAUGUUGCCGCUGCUGGUAUCAAUCCACAAAAGGUUCUUCCAAUUAUGCUUGACGUUGGAACAAAUAACACAAAGCUUCUAGAAGACAAGCUAUAUUUAGGACUGAGGCAACCUAGGCUGGAAGGAGAAGAAUACUUGUCUGUUGUAGAUGAAUUCAUGGAAGCUGUUCAUGCACGUUGGCCGAAAGCAGUUGUGCAGUUUGAAGACUUCCAAAUGAAAUGGGCCUUUGAAACUCUUCAGAGGUAUCGGAACCGAUUUUGUAUGUUCAAUGAUGACGUGCAGGGGACAGCAGGAGUUGCUCUAGCUGGCCUACUUGGAGCUGUGAGAGCACAAGGUCGACCCCUCUCUGAUUUUACUAAGCAGAAGAUAGUUGUGGUGGGAGCUGGAAGUGCUGGGAUAGGUGUGCUUAAUAUGGCUAAACAGGCGAUGCUAAGGAUGCCAGGGAUAAACAGGAGCGGGGAAGGGCAUAAUCAAUUCUGGGUUCUGGACAAAGAUGGACUUAUUACCAAAUCCAGAAAGGGCCUGGAUCCUGCAGUUGCUCGCUAUGCCAGAGGUUUUGGUCCUGAAGAGGUGCAAGAUCUCCAUGAGGGGGCUAGUCUUGUUGAAGUGGUCAGGAAAGUGAAGCCUCAUGUGCUUUUAGGACUUUCUGGAGUUGGGGGCAUAUUUAAUGAGGAGGUUCUCAAGGCUAUGAAAGAAUCCGAUUCCCCUCGUCCUGCAAUUUUUGCAAUGUCCAACCCAACUACUAAAGCCGAAUGUACUCCUGAAGAUGUAUUCAAAUAUGUUGGAGACAAUGCAGUAUUUGCCAGUGGAAGCCCUUUCAGUAAUGUCACUUUAGGCAAUGGUAGACAAGGGUACGCUAAUCAAGCAAACAAUAUGUAUCUGUUUCCUGGUAUCGGUUUAGGAGCCCUUCUUUCAGGUGCUCGGCAUAUUACAGAUGGCAUGCUCCAAUCAGCAGCUGAGUGCCUUGCGUCAUACAUCACAGACGAUGAAAUUCGAAAAGGCAUCCUCUUUCCAUCAAUCUCAAGUAUCAGGCACAUCACCGCACGUGUCGGCGCCGCAGUCGUCCGUGCCGCUGUUGAUGAAGAUCUGGCCGAGGGGCGUUGUGAUGUAGACGCUAGGGACCUCAAGAGCAUGACUGAGGCGGACACAGUCGACUUUGUGGCUCGGAAGAUGUGGUACCCUAUUUACAGCCCCCUCGUGAACGAUAAGUGAAGCUCGAUGAAGUGAAAAAUCUGACGUUGCAUGAACCAGAUGUAGCACCUGAACAACUAUCAGUCACAUAUUUGUUCAGACUUAUUUUUUUUGUUGCUAUUUUCAUUUAGCUGCGCUACUGGAGGGUAAUUCAGCAGAUACCGAUGCCCACGUCUAUGGCUAUGUUAUCACGCCACGCCAUUUUUUUGUUCUGUUUUGACAGCUUCCGUCAUCAAACGUUGCUCAAUUUCAAGAUUAGUUGAGCUACAUAAAUUUACAUCUCGUGCUUUACUACAUUCUACUAAUAUAUUUUUUUUGGAUAUUGA